AUCACGAAUUGUCGGGAGUUAACCUAAAACGGAAACAAAAAUGUUUAUCUGAAUUCUGAAAAAAAUGUUUAUAAUCAUUUGACGAUAAUUAGUGUCUAUUAUUCAAUUAAAACCUAGAACAUUUGUAAAAACUGCUGAAAAUGGCCUAUAACUAUAGCGCGAAUAACAAAUUGAAAAACAUGCAAAUGGUAAGCAACAACCGUAAUGCUGGCAAAUACAAACAAAAACUGUUGUACCUGAAGCAAAUGAUAAGGGAAUAUGUUCACGAAAAUGCAGCCUUAGUGGAUGAAAUUGAGGAGAUCCAAAUGAAGAUAAUAAUGAGGAAGGAAGAGAGAAAAUUUCUGUUGAGAAAACUAUGUGAAUAUGAGCCCCAAGUAGUAUUGGAAGUACAAAAAGCUUCCAAAGAUAGUGUAUCUUCCUCAGGAACACAGCUCAAGAGCAGUGAUAAGAAAAGAAAAAAGAAGAUAUUAGGGGGAGAAACUUCUGUAAAUAAAACGACUGUUGUUCCAAAAACAGAACCACAAUGAUUUUUAUAUAAAAAUGUUGUUUUUUGGAUGAGUCUAUUUGCUUUUUUCCCCAUAAUAUGAAAUGGAGGUGGAUUUAGAGUCUCCCCCCCCUAGACACACAACCCUGAUAAUUUUUCUCAAGCAAAUGUUAUACAUUGAUGCCUACUAUAUCUUGGUAUGAACAUUAUCCGACCCACUGCUCAAAAGUGUUUUCUUUAUGAGGAAGAAUAAGCCUGAGUUCGUGUUUACUGAGCAUAUGAUGGGAAAGUCUGAUGAAACUUGCAGAUGUCUGGGUUUUAUUAUUAGGACAGUGAGCAAUUUAACCAUGAUACAACUUUAAUGCUGUUAUACUACUCAUUGGUCCACUCUAAAUUAGAAUUUAUAUAUGAAUUUGCUUUGUGAUUCUUCAGACAAUAAAGCAUAUUUAUCUAUCUUAAUGAGAGUCAAUGCAAUUAAUGUUUCUGAAAUAUAUUUUAAAACAACUGGAGGUUAUUUUAUAUCAGGAUACAAUCAGCAAUUACUGUUAGUUAUAUUUAAGAUGAAUCCUUUUGGCAAAUGUACACGUCAAUAUUUACUGUGAUCCAUCAGUAUUUACCAAGAAACUUUAUUGAACGUGUAGCCUAAGGUAUUGAUGCUGUCAGUAUUUAUUGAUGCAUAAGAUUGCACAGAAAUCCACUGAUGCUGAUGGUAUGGACCACAAUAAAUACUGAUCGUGUGAUAUUCGCAUUAGAAGAAACGUAAAUUUUCUAAUAUCAUACAGUUCCUUUCAAAAAGAACCCUCCAUUGAUUUUUUGAACGUGUCCACUUCAUUUUACAUCCUGCGCCUACUGGCAGGCAAGUAUUGUAAUCGCGGAAAUUAUCGAAAAUGAGAUAUGUUUUUUUGGAUGCUAUAUGACGUACAUAACGAAAAACUGUCACUCAUUCCCGUCUGUCCGCUAAUCUUAUAACUAAAAGGCCUGUAACUAGAGGAGUACCGCUCGAAUUUUGAUGAAACUUUUACACAAUGUUACUACUAUGUCAAGGACGCAGUUUUUGAAAAUCGGUCCAGUAGCGGCAGAGAAGAAGGCCAAAAGCGAAAGGGACUAAAAAUUGCUCAAACUUCGUUUUUCGACGCUUUAGAGGAUCCUGAUAUUUUAAAAACAAAUGAUCAGAGGUAAAAAAUUUGGGAGUGAGGGUUGAGGAGGGUUUAUUUCUCAAUUUUUUGAUGUUAUGACCCUGAUUACUUUUGAAAAAUUUUUAGGGGUACGAAAUUGGGGGCGGAAGGUUUUAGGAAGUGAGGGAGGGUUAUCUCAAUUUUUCUGAUGUUGCUGAACAUAAUCCUUUAUGAACUGAUAAUGGCGUUGCGAGGGGAGUGAAGAGUCUACCUACCUGACGCCGUUUGUUACGUUAAAAUAUAGUUUCCAUGUGUCAAUUUAAUCCUCUUGCUAGCUUGACCCGUUCGACAUAUAAGUAGGGGAGGCUUUCUGAAAAGCACCGUAUCAGCAACACGAUGCGAGUGUCUGCAUCCCAAAUUCAACAAUUACAUUUUCGUGUGCCUCGUUCAAACUCUGGUCAGAAAGAACUUCCAAUUAUUGAUGAUUUUUGCAUGUGAUUUUUAUCUUUUUCGUCUAUGAUUGGCGAGGAGAUAAUAAACAAUAUUUUUCUCUUCUGUUUUGUUCACUAUUUCCUCUACAAGGUUAUUGUUAUUUACAUAUAUAUUUGUACACUGAAAAUGUGAUUUUUAUUGUAUCUUAUCCUUUAAGUAGCGCCAUGCUGUUGGGUUAUAUAAAUAAAUUAGAUGUGAAUAUUCACAAUCCACAUGUAUUAGUUCAUAAAGUUGCAGGUGUAAUAUAAAUAGCCAAUCGUCAGAAA